ACUACACGUCUACUCCGCCGUAAACAUCCGGCGACACGUCUCUCAAACAUAGCGCUGAACCGCUGCAGACGUCUUUAUUUAUUUAAUCCUCUCCAGACUUUUCAUAAAUGAGAAAUGUUGUGUCUUUGACGUUUUGAGACUCUGCCAGUUCGUUUUAAGUUUUUUUUUUUUUUCAUAACCUGCGGCGCUUUAGUCAAGCCCGGAGCUUCAAAUGGGGGAGGUGAGGAAGCUGCAGAAGAAGUUAAGACAGAUUGAAAAUCUGGAAAUAAAAAUCAGUCUUACCUCAGAAGAGAGGUUCAAGAUCUCCAGGAAGGCGGAGCUGCGUUCCAGAUUGGCUGAGCUUCAGCUGCAGCUUUCUGGCCCGCAGCAAACUCUGGGGAUUGUGGGAGACGGAAAAAAGGAGAAGAUGAAAAGACAAGUGGAGGAUGCCCCCGAGGCCCUUCCAUCACAAACGCCUCCAGCCUCCAAGAUCCUUAAGGGAGAAGAGGAGUCCAGACCUCGAGAAACGCCAGCGCCGGCUGCCAGGCCGAGAAAGACAGGAGGGGGAGCAGAGACAGGUAGACGGCAGGAGAGGACAGAGCCUGCCGAGGUGUCAGCUCACAGCCCAGACGUGUCAGGAGGCAGUCCGGACUCUGACAACCAGAGGCUAGUGCAACAGGAAGAAGCAGAAUUUUCAUCCCUGCAGUCGUCUUGGGAGAAGGCGAAGUUCCGCUUGAGGCUGUUGGAGGGCCACAAUGACAUAGUCACCUGCGUGGUUGCUGUUGACAACCUAGUUGUUUCUGGAAGCCGAGAUACGACAGUGAAGGUGUGGCACGUUCCCACAGCAACGGAGCACAAGAACCUGGGGGGUCACACUGGUGGGGUCACCUGUCUGUCUGCGCCUCCUCCUGAGUACUGCAGGAGGCUGGCCCGGUCCCUGUCUCUGUCCGACAAGGAGAGAUUUAUUUUGAGCGGCUCAGCAGACUGCUAUGUGAAGAUCUGGGCCCUGAGCAUUGGGCAGUGUGUGAAGUCGAUCUACACAUUCAACGUUGUGACUGCGCUCUGUUUUGUGCCAGAGGAAGACGGCUACAUCAUCACUGGGUCAGACGGGGGGAAAGUUCAAGCCUGGAGCUGGCACACUUUCGAGAACUGCCAGUCAAUCAACGCUCACCAGGAAGCAGUCACCUCAAUCCAGUCUCAGGGUCCGCUGGUGUUCAGCGGCUCCACUGAGGGAGGGGUGUCUGUGUGGGAGAACCGCUGUUCGGAUCAAGACCCCCUGAGGCUGCUGCAUCACUGGAGCAGUGAGGUGACAGGCUGCGGAGGGGGGCCAGGGGGGCGCGUGACCCUCAGCCCGCGGGGCGACCGAGUGCUCCUGGCUCAUGGUCGAGCCUGGCUCAAGAACCUGCACUGGAGGAGCGGAACCAUGUCCAGACUGACCAAUCACAGCAGCAUCACCGGGGUAACAGAUUGUGUUCACCAGACAGGAGGCCUCCUAAUUGGCUCCUGCUAUGAUGUGGCAAAUGGAGAGAGCUCGCUGAACAUCUUCUCUCUGCCUCAGUGUCGGUACCUGGCUUCUCUGACCUGGCCCCAUGCUACCAGAGUCCUAUGCUUUGCGACGUGGACCACAGGUAGCGGAGACCACCGGUGGGUAACUGGAGGUCGAGACCUCAUCGUAUGGGAGCAGCUCCCAAGCUCUGGAAAGCAGAGGGGUGAUGUCACAGCCAGGAGAGACAGUCGAUUGGAGUCCUGCUCGCUGGAGUCCGAGGGGGACACAGAGGAUGACGAAGAGACUGAUGAAUACGAAGAAAAAGACAGCGAUGAAGGAAGAGACAGUGGGUGUGAUGUCACAGAGGACGGAGGGUCUGCCUCAUGGCUACGCUGUGUUCUUCAGUGAGAGACAGAUUCUCACGCCGAGGACCCAACCGCCUCCAGACAGGAGCAGAAAUUGAGAGGGAGGGGUGAUGGCGAGGGAGGCGAGUGGAGUGUGACAGUGUCAGAGAGGGAGCAUAUGGAUGGAGAAAGUGUGUGUGUGUGUGUGUGUGUGUGUGUGUGUGUGUGUGUGUGUGUGUGUGUGUGUGUGUGUGUGUGUGUGUGUGUGUGUGUGUGUGUGUGUGUGUGUGUGUGUGUGUGUGUGUGUGUGUGUAAACAGAUUUUUUUCUAUGUCAAUAUUAUUUCCAUACACAAUAAAGCUGUCACAGUGUGACUCUGGCCUCCAAAUUUGCUUCUCUUGUUGUCUUUUUUUUUUACAUCAACCUGACCCUGCUUCUUCUUCAGACACCAGCUCGCCUCUCUCUCUGUGUAAAUGAAUGUAAAUGACAUUUUAUUCCAUCUUUAUUCGGCUCCUUCCUUUCUUCCUCCCCCUCCUUUUUCUCUCUGGGGUGUCCUUCCUGUUUUUGUAAACAUAAUUGAAGAGUUCUUUUUUUAUAAGAAAAAACCUCCCGCCUCUAAAAUGAGCUUAUUAAUGUCGUCCUCGGUAUCAUUUCUGUUUGCAUCAUCAAAUCCAUUUCUUUUCCUCUGCGUCCAUUUAAUUGAAGCGUUAAAAAAACAAAACAUAAUUAGCAUUUAAAUCUCUUUCCUACAGUCGCUUGCCUUCCUCACAUCGCUCUCUCUCUCCUCUCUUACUCUAGCAGACUCUACAUGUCUCCGUUGCCUCGGCAACCAAUGCUUUUUUCCUCCCCUCCCUUGCUCUCUGUAUCUCCCCCCUUCUCUCUGUCUCCCUCUCUCAUUCCCUCUCUUCACUGCCAGAGGUAGGAAUGAUAACUGAUAUGUGUCGGAGCGCUUGUGUGUCUCUGUCCGUCUUCGUGUGUGUGUGUCUAUGAGUGACAUUUCUGUGGCAUUCAGGCAGCGCUUGUAGAUAGGAAGUUACCUCUCUCUGCUCAAAGUGCCACAGAAAGUGUUGGCUCCGUGCAUGACGCCUCUAAUGAUGAUGAAUGUUCUGCGCUCAGGUGUGUGAUCCUUGAGUGUGUGUGACAGAGCAGAACGGACAAUGUGUGUGUACUUUUGUGUGUUCUUGAGUGCAGAUGUGGAUGAACAUGUGGUGCAUAAUUGAGUGUUACAUUUAAAAGCCCAGGGGUGCGUUUGCAUGUGUGUGUGUUUUGUAAGUAAUGACAGUUCUGCCAUGUUUACAUGUUUACAUGUUUUUAUCUGGUAACA